CGAGUGAUCCCCUCCCUCUCGUCGCCACCACCACCGCCACUGCUGCUGCUGCGCCUCCCUCGACCUGAAGGUGCUUCGGUUUCCCCAUCGCUCGAGUCGCGCACUCGUCCACCUCUCCCUGGGGAGCGCUGUAGACUACAAUGACGGCUCCCCGCAGCCUCCACACGUGGCUGCCCGCGUGCCUCUUCCUCCUGAUCGUGGCCUCCGGCGCGAUCUACAGCCAGGUGGGAGUGAGCUUCACCUUCGUCAAGUACCCCCCCAAGCGCGACGAACGCGACGACCCUCAUCGCAUCGCGGCCGAAAAUUGCGAAGGUGCUCGAGACUGCGGCGACAACGGCGGCGGCGGCGGAGGGGGCGACUUCGAUCGCGAGAGGGACCUCUUUCCUCCCUUCUGGGAGGAGCGCUCAGCCGGCUCUGCGCCCAGCUGGGACGGCCACUCUGAACUCUGCGCCUCGAACGCGAGCGUGGCUGCUGCCGUCGAGGGCUUCUCGAGCCUGCCGGGAAUGAUUCAGAACUUCCUGACGCACCGCCACUGCCGCCGCUUCGAGCUCGUCCUCGAGCCGCGAAGGUCCAAGUGCGACCCGGGACCCGUGACCCUGCUCAUCGCCAUCAAGAGCGACGCCAGGAACCUUGCGCGCAGGGAUGUGAUCCGCAGAACGUGGGGACAAGAGCGAACCAUCAAGGGCGAGAUCGUGCGGCGCGUCUUCCUCUUCGGCGUGGUGGCCGACGUGCCGGGCGAGCGCCGCAUGCGUCUCAACGCGCUGCUGCAGGAGGAGUCGCGCCUCUACAACGACGUGGUGCAGUGGAACUUCCUGGACACCUUCUACAACCUGACGCUCAAGCAGCUGCUCUUCCUCGACUGGAUGGCCGAGCGGUGCCCGCUCACGCGCUUCAUCUUCGACGGCGACGACGACAUCUUCGUCAACAGCGACAACAUGGUGGAGUACGUGACGACGAGCCAGGCCAGCGGCGACCCCCCCUCCUCCUCCUCGUCGUCGACGCACGAGACGGCGGGACGCCACAUGUACGAGGGCUACGUCAUCUCCAACGUGGGGCCCAUCCGACACACCUGGAGCAAGUACUACGUGCCCGUGCAGGUGCAGGAGAGUGAGCGCUACCCUCCGUACGUGGGCGGCGGAGGGAUCAUCAUGAGCGGCCACACGGCCCUGCAGAUCCGCAAGGCGGCCCCCUCCGUCCCCUUGCUCCCCAUCGAUGACGUCUUCUUCGGCCAGUGCCUGGAGCUGCUGGGCCUGGCGCCCCGGCGGAACGCCGAGUUCCGCACGGCCGGCAUUCACAACCCCAGGGCCGGCGCGGGCGACGACGGCCUCUCGUCCUUCCACCCGUGCUACUACCGUGAGGUGCUGCUCGUUCACAGCCUCGAGCCCUUCGAGGUGCAGCUCAUGUGGGGGGCCCUCAAGCGGCCGUGGCUGCGGUGCGGCCGGCCGCCCGUCCCCAUCCCGAGGCCCCUCGACGCCGCCGUGGCCGUGGAGCAGGAGAAGUGAAGGCCGCUGCCGGCGCUGCUGUUGCUUGGUGUUUUGCGACCUCGUAGAAUUUGUGACCGUGGAGUCGAAGCACUCUGCGGUGUUUUGACCCCGGGGUUCAAAUCCCUUAUGAUGGCAAUACGACUCGUUUACGUGGGUCGGUUGUUUUUUCUUUCUUUCUUCAGUCAAUAGAUUUUGAAUUUUAUUCAUCGCACGCACAACUUACGCCACGGCCCCCGAAGGGAGCAGUAAUGUGAAAACGGUCGACUCGCGAUGGUGCGGAGGCACGAUCGGCAGGGACGACCCGGAUAGAACAACGCUCGCAUGAGAUCACGCACACGGCCGCGGUCACCCCCUCCUACUAGCCGCCUCGCGCCCACCUGCAGGCCAGGUGCUGAAUGACGUCGUGCUGCACACGGGAACAGCUGCUGCCCCUGUGGCGGGGGGGAAGGGGCCAUUCAGAUGUCCUUCAGGUGAGAUGCAGGUCGCUCAUCGCCCGUACAGCGCUCCAGUUUGUGAUCGUCCGUGGCGUUCGCGAGGUUGUGGAUUCGUAUUUAUUUGUUUACAUUCGUGGACCGGUGGUGAAGGCUCGUCGGGUUUCAUUGCGAGAGAGGUGCAGGCGUGCGACGAGUCGCGGGCGAAUGUUCACGGUCCGGGAUUGGGUACAAUUGAUUCGAGAAUUUAUCUCUCUCCCUCGCGCGCGCUCUGUGUCGUCUCGUUUCUCCAUCGCCGGUGCAUCUCGAUCGCCUUUCGUUGUUCUCGCCGCUUUGUGCAAUUCACCGUUGAGCGUGCACAGCGAAGUCCCCCCCCCCCCCCCCGUUUAACGCGCGGUAGAUGCGUUCGUGAAAAGCGUCGCGUUAAGCGAAAAAAAAGCGUUUGCAGAGCAAGAACUAUUUCCCCGUAAAGUUUCUAAAGUUUGGCGAGAUGUAUCAUUCUGCGUGCUUGUGCUGAGAAGUUCCGGACGACUCGGAGACGAGGGUUCGGGUUAAGGGCUUCCGCCGUUAAGUUUAUUAAAGAUAUUACCAAUAACCUACAGGGGUGAACAACUUCCCAGGGGUUGGGGGUCCCGGGUUCGGUCCCACUAGUUCCCGUCACAGCCGGCUGCCCUGUGCUGCCUCCUCUGCACCGGCCGUGGGUUCGGCCAACACGGCCGACCGAGGAGCACGGCCACCUCCAGCCCUGGCGCUAUCAUCUAUUCCUACCCUCUUGCCCCCUGGCUUCCCCAUUCCACCCUCUCCCGACCCUAGACUCCAGCUACGACCCCGCUUACGUCACGGGGGAAGGGGGGGGGUCCCCCUUAAGUACUAGAGGAGGCAUGACGUCACUGUGCCGCCCAGCGUGCAUGACGUCACGUCCAUGACGUCAUCGCUCUGGACAGCACACAUGACGCCACUUCCCUAUUUUACUCCUCUCCACCUGUGUCCACUCCGCUCAGCCGAGCAGCUCAAGAAAGUCGUUGAUAGUCAACCGCUCGGAAACCGCGUUUGUACUGGGGGUGUGCGUUCCGAAUUAUGCGAAAAGGACAGUAGAACCUUGGAUUGCGAGUAACUCGGUCUGCGAGUGUUUGGCAAGACGAGCAAAAAUUUUAACUAAAUAUGAAUUUGAUAAACGAGCGAGGGUCAUGCAAUACGAGUGGUGU